AAGCGGGCGCUUGCGCAGCAGAGCCUCGCACAGACAGGCAGACGCCUGCGACCCGCCCCAGUGGACUCGCGCCCGCGCAGUGAAGUGAGCGAGCGCAGACUGCGCCUGCGCGGUCGUAGCCGAGGGGCGCUGUAGAGGCGGCGGCGAUGGAACCAGCAGGGCACCUGAACAAGUUAGUGUCAGCCGAGGGCCGAAACCGGAAGGCGGUGCUGUGCCAGCGUUGUGGCUCUCGCGUGCUGCAGCCAGGGACCGCUCUCUUCUCCCGCCGACAGCUUUUCCUUCCGUCCAUGAGGAAGAAGCCAGCCCUGGCCGAUGGCAGCAAUCCUGAUGGCGAUCUCCUCCAGGACCACUGGCUGGUUAACGACAUGUUCACCUUUGAGAAUGUGGGCUUCACAAAGGACGUGGGCAACGUCAAGUUUCUGGUCUGCGCAGACUGUGAAAUUGGACCCAUUGGCUGGCAUUGCCUAGAUGACAAAAACAGUUUCUAUGUGGCCUUGGAACGGGUUUCUCAUGAGUAACUGAGGAGAUGGGGACCAGCUCCACCCCCAACUCUUAAAGAACUGGCAUCAGUCUUGGUGUAAAUGUCGUGCCACUGUCUUCUCUGUUUUGCAUAAUAUAAAUGAUGAGCACCAACGUAUGCCCUUGAACGCAUCGAGGGCCAACCCUGCCUCCUUCCAGCGCAUGCCUUCUGCUCAGUCCGCUUCGCAUUGCAGUCUGUCCUAACUUCCCGCUGCCCCAGUCCUGGGACACUGCAGACCUCCACAAACAUUCUCAUCACUGGCCUUCUGCCUAGGCUCCAUGUGACCCAGUGCUUCCCUUUUUCUGCUCUAAAAGAGCACUAUUCAACUUUCUGGCCACAGUGACACAUGACAAGAGUCUCAUGUGCUGGUAGUUGAAACUUCACCUUUCUCACUUUCAUUGAGGAAAACAUACAAGUAUCUGAAAGUGACUUUAUUGUAUGACUAACCCAGUUAUCUACAGGAAUUGACUCUUUGUAAAACAGUCACAAACUUGAGUAUUUAAACCACCAAUCAGAAGACGUUGCUUUGGAUACAUCUCUAAUAAAAACCAUGGUUGACAGCCUUAGACCUGGGAUCAGAUGGGCAAUUUUAUUGUGAAGAUGAAUAGGGCCCUUCUUGGCUUUCAAAUCUUGAUGUGGUUUCUCUUUAUGAACUCCCUCACCACAAGCAGCCUAUACCUUGAGCACCAGGUUGUCAGUCCCAGUCCGAACUCUGCCCUAGCUGUGACAGGGGCUCUUCAAGUCAGAGCAGAGAGCAGGCUGUGGAAGGGAUGAGCCUUUGUGAAAUGAUGCUUGAACUUCUAGGUUACCUGACUUUAAGUCCUCAACAUGAUUUGUAAUUAUUCUGUCAUUUCCAGUGUGAAAUGACUCAGUCCUAAAAGCAGCCUGUAUGACCAGGCUUCAAGUGUCCUCCCUCAGGUAGCUCUGGGGGCCUACAACUGAAGUAAGGACCAAAUGGAAGCCCUUCCACGUCCCUUCCUUUGCAUUUGUUUUCUGGGUGCUGCUUCCUUCCUUCAUUCCAGAAUUUCUUGUGGGCUCCCCCAGCUAACAUGCAACCUUGGGCACAGCUUUGCAGCCAACCUACCUGCGAGAAAGCUGGCUUCCUUCCCUAGUCAGAGCCUGAAUGAGCUCCAGCAGAAAGGAAGAGAACUGUGUUUUCGGGACAAGCGCUUAAAGUGCACAUUAUUAUGGUAUUUGUGGAAAAACAACUGAGACUUACCCACUGGGUCAGCUCCUUCUGACCCAAGUAGAUGCCUCUAGGGGCAGAUGGACCCUGACAUCACAAGCCAAAAUCUAAGCUAAGAAUUUUCUUAAAUUAAGCUUUAACUUGCUUUCUUUUGUUUUAAUCACAGAAAUAGUAUAUGUUUGUAGAGGGUACAUUAAAAAUAGGUGUAAAGUUAUUGUUUAGCCAGCUUGGGCUAUAUAGUGAGUCCAGGGCCAGCCUGAACUACAUAACGAGACACUGCCUCAGGCA